UCGUCCAUGGACUUCAGCAAUGCCAGGGGCAGAACUAAGACACUGCCUACCUAUAAGUACUCUCCACAAGCCUCGUUUGUAGAAGAACAUUGGAUCCUCGGUGAAGAAGCUCAGGAAACACUGUGGAGGGGAGCUUAUUCCAAAGCCAGAUGACCGCAUUGUGUAAUACUGCUCUGGACAAUCCCGGAAAAUUGACAUCACAUGACAUUGUCAAUUACCUUUUGGAAUAUUAUCCUACAGACACACUUUUAUUUUAUUCUGAGGAUGAAGAAGAAUUGAGGGAUCUUCAAGAAAGAAAAUGGACACCAAUAUUGGACUGGUUUCAAAAGACAUUUAAUGUCAAACAGGAACUAGCGAAUAGUAUACAACCACCGCCGGUCUUCACAGAAACUAGAGCUGUGUUAGCUCGGCAUUUUCUAUCAUAUGAUUUCGCAGCACUGACAGCAAUAAAUUUCGGUGUCGAGGCAUUAAAGUCACCGAUCUUAAUGUUGGCGUGUAUGGAGCGCCGCGUUGUACCCGAGGAAGCUGUAUUGUUAGCAAGACUUGAAGAAGAAUAUCAGCUGGAGCGCUGGGGCCGCGUGCCGUGGGCGCACGGGCUGAGCCAGGCCGACCUGACGGCGCGCGUGUCCGCCGCCCUGCUCCUCGUACACUGCGCUACUGAGAAACAUGCCAUCAAAACUAAAUCUGCCCAAGAUUCACAAUGAGGUCAAUACAACGAUACGCGAUUCCCGUAUGUCGUCUAGUCGAAUUAUAUAAGUUACCGUUUAUGAAAUGGAUAAUAAAUGUUUAAA